AAACUAUUCUGGGUAAUAAUCUGUGCAUAACCAGAGUGUUUGUCUCAGAGAGAGCUGCACCAUGUCGAACAUGGAGAAACACCUGUUCAACCUCAAGUUGGCUGCAAAGGAGCUUCAACGCAACUCCAAGAAAUGUGACAAAGACGAAAGGGCCGAAAAGGCCAAAGUUAAGCAGGCUAUCCAGAAGGGCAAUUUGGAGGCAGCCAAGAUCCACGCAGAGAAUGCCAUCCGUCAGAAGCAUCAGUCCAUUAACCUCUUGAGGAUGAGUGCACGUGUGGAUGCCGUGGCUUCCAGGGUCCAGACCACUGUCACUAUGAACCAGGUUUCUAAAUCCAUGUCUGGAGUGGUCAAAUCAAUGGAUGCCACACUGAAAAGUAUGAACUUGGAGAAGAUCUCUGCGUUAAUGGACACGUUUGAGAACCAGUUUGAAACUCUUGACGUGCAGACGGCUCAGAUGGAGGACACGAUGGGCAAUGCCACUACUCUGACGACGCCUCAGACGGAAGUGGGCACGCUGUUGCAUGAGAUGGCCGACAAAGUGGGGUUGGAUCUUAACCUGGAGCUUCAUGCAGGCCAGAUGUCCUCACUGGCUUCAUCUGUGGCUUCGACAGAGCAGGAUGAGCUCUCCCAGAGGCUGUCCAGACUGCGGGACCACGUGUCACAGUGA